UUUUUUCUUUUUCCUCCUCUGCCUUCCAUUUUCCUUCUCCGCUCCACUCUCGGUCUCUCCUCGCGGCGGGCCGGCGACGACAGGGCGAGCGGCCGCACUUGCCAGUUCUUCGUCGUGAGAUUCGCCGGCAACGAGCAUACGGCAGUUGGAGAUGAGUGCAUCUAGAAAAUCCAGUCAUGUCACCACCAAGGACAGUGCAGAAACGGCGAGGGACAUCAUCCCCACGUCCAGCCAAAUCCAGUCCAUGAAGGUCCCGGACGCUGUUGCUGCGAUCGCUCAGGCUGCUGCAAAGGCAAAUGAUCUUCCAGGCUGACCAUUGUUCUCGCCUCCGAAGGUGCAGCUGGACAAGUGUACCAAGUGUUCGAGAGAAUUCUGUUCUUCAAUCAACUUUCGGCGGCAUACACGUGUUCAUCGCCGAACCCUCAAAUUAGACAAGGAUUUUCCCAAGAAUAGAGACCAUCUUGCCGCAUUCUGGAACAAACUGACUGUGGAUGAAGCCAGCACAGUUUUGUCUUCGAACAAUGUUGUUGUGGAGGGUGUCACCGGUUCAUCAAUUUUAACAACACUAUCAGCAUGGAUGUGUAAGCCAGGGUAUGCUUCAUUGCCAAUGGCAUAUGCAAGAGCUGGCAGUGAGCUUCUGGAUUUGAUUCAAACAAAGGUUUCGAUGCAGUUGCCUGUGUCAUCGAAUGAUCUAUUUAGUGUUCUUGGUGAAGCUAGUGAGAAAACAUUUCUUUGCACAAACACAGCUGCUUGUAUACAAAAGUUUUUGUUUGAUGGAGAGGCAAACAAAAUUGCAACUGAGUUGAAAAAUGUUGUUGCAUGUGCUAGUUACAUGCUUGAACAAAAGCUGGUUGAAGCAUGGUGUGCUGAUAAGGCUGCUGAAGCAUUAAGAUGCCAGAAGUUACUGGUGGAGGAAGAGGAAGCUGCUCAGAAAAGGCAAGCCGAACUGAUGGAAAGGAAGCGGAUGAAGAAACUUAGGCAGAAAGAACAGAGGUUAAAAGACCUGAAGGACGAGAAUGUGGUGAUUCAGUUACCUGAAAUCAUGGAUGACACAAGUUGUUCUCCUGGCAUUCAAAGUUUCAAGGCUAUUUCAGAUCCUGACCUUUAUGAGCAAGAAAAGUCACAAUAUAUUCAAUUUCCAGGACCAGUUACUUCAGAAACUGGCAAUGGUUUUAAUGUGGACCUAUCGGUAGAAUAUGUCAGCUGUGAUUCAGUGCCUGAAAUGGAUAAAGGUGUUGUGUUAAGGAAACAAGUUAUUUCAAGGCAUCAUUUAGGCAUAACAGAGAAACUUGCUGAAACUAACUUUGUGUCUGGUUCGGCAGUUGCUUCAAAGCAAGCAGCUUUAGCGAGACCUUCAAAUUACAGGGAUGCAAAUGUCUGUUCCUUACCAAAUAGAAACAAAACUUGGGCACGGAAAGUGCCAGCUGAGAUUGGAAACCAGUGUCCUAAACAUGGGUUAGAUGUAGAUGAUGAACACAACAUGGCUCCUAGCAAAAACUCUCGUGUGCUAAUAGGAUCUAUAAGUGUUGCAAUUGAAGAUGGUAAUGAACACUUGAAGGACUCCCGUUCUAAGAAUGAACGAGUCCCUCCCAGUUCCAAAAUUAUGAAACAUGCAUCAGUCAAUGUGGUCUGACUGGUUACCCAUAAGGAAAACAGAAAUGAAGACAUUUCUAAUAGUGAUGGCAAUAGUGCGCCAGCUGAUCAGAACUGUUCUUGCUUCAGUAGUAUGACAGAUGAAAGCAGUCAUUCAACAUGCUGCAGUGCAGAUUUCGCUGAGGGUGAACAUUUACGACGAACCAUGUUUUCCAGUAAAGAAGCUACAUCCUUCCGUUCUCAAAGGUGGAAAGAGGCAAUUGCAGCUGAUCACGUGAAACUUGUUUUGUGUCAUGACAAGUGAAGGCAUGGCAGAGUGAAGAAAUUUUGUGUCCGGCUGAGCUUUCAUUGGGUCCUACAGCACUACAGCGAAGGCGGUGCUUACCUAGAAGGGUGCUAUGAAAGUCUCAAGGUCAAAUUUGUUUUCCGUGGAUGAUUGUGAAAUGGCUGGCCAUUUUGUAGCUGAGCUGACACGCUCAUCAAAGCAUAGGGUUCCAGUUUUAGAAGGGCAUAGGUCUUGUGUGGAAUCUGUUCUUGGUAAGAUGAAACGUGAUUGAAAUAUGCGUUGAUCACUCAAGUUUCUCUUCUUCUGUACUCAUUUGAGCGCCCUUAACAAUCCUGAAUGCAUUGCCUCAGUUUUCUUGUGUUUUGCA